AUGAGAUUGUUGGACAUAUCAAUAAUUCUCACUGCUGGCAGAAAAUGCUACCCCUACUGCAAGAACAAGUCCUACCCUAAGUCCCGGUUCAACCGUGGUGUUCCCGACCCCGAGAUCCGUAUCUUCAAUCUGGGACGUAGUAAGAAGGCCAAUGUCAAUGACUUCUCUCUUUGCGUUCACCUCGUCUCCAACGAGUACAAGCAGCUGUCCUCCGAGGCCCUCGAAGCCGCCUGUAUCUGUGCUAACAAGUACCUUGUGAAGAUCGCCGGUAAGGAAGAUUUCCACCUCCGUGUCCGUGUGCACCCCUUCCACGUCAUCUGUAUCAACAAGAUGUUGUCUUGCGCCGGUGCUGAUUGUCUCCAGACCGGUAUAUGUGGUGCCUUCGGUAAGCCCCAGGGUACUGUUGUCUGUGUAAACAUUAGCCAGAUUAUUCUGUCCGUCUGCACCCGUGACACCAACCGUGCUGCUGCUAUUGAGGCUCUCCGCCGUUCCAUGUAUAAGUUCCCCGGUCGCCAAAAGAUCAUCGUCUCCAAGAACUGGGGUUUCACUCUUGUCCACCAUGAGGAUAAGCUCAAGCAGGAUAAUACUUAUGAUCACCUCCGUGAAGAAUCUCGUGAGAGAUACCCGCCUUUGUAG